AUGGGUUCCGUCUCCUACGUCCUGGCGGCGGCCGUCCUGGCGGCGCUGGUCUCCGGCGGCGCGUGCAUCCCCAGCGUGCCGCCGGGCCCCAACAUCACCACCAACUACAACAACCAGUGGCUCCCCGCCAAGGCCACCUGGUACGGCAAGCCCACCGGCUCCGGCCCCAAAGACAACGGCGGCGCGUGCGGGAUCAAGGACGUGAACCUGGCCCCCUACAACGGCAUGAUCGCCUGCGGCAACGUCCCCAUCUUCAAGGACGGCAAGGGAUGCGGCUCCUGCUACGAGAUCAAGUGCCAGAAGCCGUCGCCGUGCUCCGACAAGCCCGUCACCAUCUUCAUCACCGACAAGAACUACGAGCCCAUCGCGCCGUACCACAUCGACCUCUCCGGCAAGGCCUUCGGCGCCAUGGCCCCGCCCGGGAAGGAGCAGACGCUCCGCUCCUUCGGGGAGCUGGAGCUGCAGUUCAGGAGGGUGCGCUGCAAGUACGCGCCCGGCACCAAGAUCACCUUCCACGUCGAGAAGGGCUCCAACCCCAACUACCUGGCCGUGCUCGUCAAGUUCGUCUCCGACGACGGCGACGUCGUGCAGAUGGACAUCCAGCAGAGCAAGUCGCCCGCGUGGAUUCCGCUGACCUUGUCGUGGGGCGCCAUCUGGAGGUGGGACGGCGCCACGCCGCUCAAGGGCCCCUUCUCCAUCCGCGUCACCAGCGAGUCCGGCAAGAAGCUCAUCGCCAAGGACGUCAUCCCCGCCAACUGGAAGGCCGACACCGUCUACCCGUCAAAUAUCCAGUUCUAG